UCGAGAAAAGCACCUUUUACGUAGCUUUAGCGUGAGUCGAAGACGGUUCAGAACAAUGGCGGAUCGUUCUUCUCUCCUCCGAAGUAACAAAAAUCCAAAGUUGCUGGGCUAUUCCUCAUUUGAUCCCGGAGGUUCUAUAGACAGUGGAAUCUCGAGCAGCGGAGAGGGAAGAGUUUCAAAAGAGCAUGGCUCGAAGUCUGCAGGCAAAGUUGUCGAAGACGCGGAAAGGGUUUCGAUUUCUUGGGAGAACAUUCAGGUGUUUGUUGAGCAGCCCGGACCGUCCUUUAUAAAGAGACUCUGUUUUGGGAAAAAUGAAAAUGAAGCAGCUAAAAGGAAGCAAAUCUUGUUCAAUGUGAGCGGAAACGUAGAAGCUGGUACCUUGCUGGCUAUAAUGGGUGCGAGCGGCGCUGGAAAAACCACCCUGAUGAAUGUGCUGGCCCACCGUAACAUCUGUCAGAUGGAAGUGAGGGGGAGUGUGGAGAUAAAUAAUCGUCCCGUUGGAGCAGAGAUCUCUUCUAUGUCUGCUUACAUUCAGCAAGAAGAUCUCUUUGUCGGAACUCUCACUGUUAGGGAACAUCUCACGUUUCAGGCUUUCCUGCGCAUGGAGAAGAAUGUUCCUGACAAUCAGCGCAAAGCUCGUGUUGAGGACGUGAUACUUCAGCUUGGGCUCACCAAGUGUGCCGAUACAUAUAUAGGACUACCGGGACGGUUGCGCGGGAUCUCGGGAGGAGAAAAGAAGAGACUGUCAUUUGCAUCUGAGUUUCUCACAGACCCUCCUUUGCUGUUUGCUGACGAACCAACCUCAGGCCUUGAUUCAUUCAUGGCUCAGAGUUUAAUAACAGCACUGCAGCAACUGGCAGCACAGGGAAGGACAAUAAUUUGUACUAUUCACCAGCCUUCAUCGCAAGUUUAUGCCAUGUUCAACAGUAUCCUGUUGUUAGCAGAGGGACGGACAGCUUACCUUGGCUCCAGACCAGAUGCCAUUCAGUACUUUGACAGCUUAGGUUAUCGAUGUCCAGUCAAUUUUAACCCAGCCGAUCAUUUUAUCCAUACGCUGGCUAUCGUACCUGGUGAUGAGGAAAACUGCCGCAAAAGAGUCCAGGACAUCUGUGACGUGUACUCGGCGCAUGAAGCAGAAUUUGACAAGCCGGAGACACACGAACGACAGGACUCUUUUAAGGAAGAGGCCAAUCCACGUUCAUCAUACAAAGCUUCUUGGUACAGACAGUUCCGUUCUGUGUUCUGGCGAUCAUGGCUGACCAAUAAGCGAGAUGUUCUCAUUUUUCGUAUUAGAUUCUUCCAGAGCAUAUUUAUAGGUCUUGUAACAGGGAUUAUUUUCUUCCAAACAACGAUUGACCAGGACGGUGUUCAGAAUAUUUACGGCGCUUUUUUCUACAUUGUGACGUCUGUCUCCUUCUCAAAUGUCGCGGCAGUCACUUUCACUUUUCCGAUAGAAAAAGCCAUAUUUUUACGAGAACACAAUAACCGUAUGUAUCGCACAGACGUUUACUUCCUAUCCAAGACCUUUGCCGAAUCUCCACAGUUCUUCCUUGGUCCGCUGAUCAUGAUUACCGUGGGCUACUGGAUGGUUGGACUGAGACCUGAUGUUCUCCGUUUUCUGGUCGCUUAUGGAAUACUUGCCUUAGUCAGCAUGGCUGCUGUCUCUUUUGCCUACGUCAUAUCGACCAUUUCACCAACACCGUCAGUUUCUACGGCGCUGAGUGGUCCUUUGAUUCUCCCUUUGUUAGUACUUGGUGGUUUCUACAUUGAAAACCGAACAAUACCAGAGUGGCUGACUUGGUUGAGGUACCUGUCCUGGUUCAAUUAUGGAUUCGAGGCUCUAGCUGUAAAUCAGUGGGAUAAUUAUGGUCCUAUCCCUUGUAAAAUAAUUCCCACCAAUGAGACGUACACAAAAUGCGUGUAUAAUGGAUCUAUAGCUAUAGAGCAGCGUGGAUUGAAGGAGGACAAUUUCCUGAUUGAUAUCUAUGCCCUUGUGGCGUUGAUAGUCGGGUUUCGCUUGAUAUCGUUCCUGUUUCUUUUGAGGACUUCUUACAAAAGAACUUAAUAAGGGAAGGUAGUCCUUUGCAUUACGUCGGAAAGCUAAACAAGAAGGUCGUAAUUUCUAAAAUUACAUGUGUAGACAGCCUAUGGCGGGAAAAGCGUUUAAGCCUUAUUCGUCAGGCUAGCUUGCCUUGAGCAACCCUAAAUGAAGGGGGAAAAGAAUGUGAACGAGCAAAAUUUCAUUAAAAUUUAUUUUUGUACUGAU